UUGUCGUCGUCGUCGUCCUCCUCCUCUGUCAGAGAAAAACUGCCGAAGCGAUUUUUAGAGAGAGAGAGGAAUCGCCGGCGUCCUCGCGAUUCCCGCCGGCGAAUUUCUAUAUGAAGCUUGCUGCUUCGUUCUGAACGGAAAUGUUUCUCUCAAUGGCGGAGAAUUAAGGUUUUUUUCUUUUAGACUCUGCCGUUUUGGAGACGGAGGUGACUAACUUUCCGGCGAGGGCAUUGUCGAGAUUCUGGCCGGAUUAGAGUGGUUACUGCCUUGGAGCUCUUUCAUGUUGUUUUAGUGAUCGAUUAGGUUUGUUCUGUGAGGUUUGACUUGUUUUAAUCUAUUACGGAUUGUUUUGUUUAUGAUCGGGAUUUUGGAACUCAACCGGGGUUUAUCUGUGGUGGAGUUGCGUAGGUUUUUGAAGUGGUGAUUUUCUUGGGCCUUAUCAUUCACUGAGACGUCGUUGUUUGAGGCGAAAUGGGUGAUACUGGAGAGGCUAACACUGAUAACAUGCGAAAUCUUCGAUGUUCAUUUGGAGCAUCUUCUUGUUCAACUGGAAAUCUUCCUUUCUCGAUGGAUCAACUCAAAAUUUCCCAAAUGAACUGUUCACAAAGCCGCCCGCCGCACUUCCAGUCGAAUUUUCUUGGCGAUGAUAGUAGAAGAGUUGGCUUACCUCCUAGCCCCAGCUCACCGCAGAUCCCACCAAUUUCACCGUAUUCUCAGAUCCCGAUCGCGCGUCCGAUGAACCAGCAACGUUAUAACCUAUUGCCUACUCAUUCCCGAUCGUUGUCUCAGCCUUCCUUUUUCUCUUUCGAUUCUUUGCCUCCUUUAAGCCCGUCUUCAUUUCGUGAGUCCCCAACUACAUCGAAUUCAGAUCAGGUUUCUGCAGACACAUCAAUGGAGGAUAGGGAUAACAGUUCAAAUUCUUUGUUGCCUCCCUCACCUUAUAUGAUAGCAAAUUCUUCUAAGAUGGGAGAUUCUUUACCUCCUCGUAAAGCACAUAGGCGGUCUAGUAGUGAUAUCCCAUUUGGAUUAUCUUCAAUGAUUCAGCCAUCUCCUCCUCUCCCAUUCAGUAGCUCUAGUGGAUUGGAGCGAUCAACGAGUAGUAAAGGGAAUGCUGGCAUGUUAAAGCCGGCCAGCCAGUUUCUUAAAAGAGAACCUAGUUUGGAGAAAAGCGUUGACAACAAUUUAGAAGGAAAGGGUGAGAAGAAAUCCGAUGGGAACAGUGUGGAUGACUUAUUUUCUGCUUACAUGAAUUUGGAUAAUUUUGAUUUGUUCCACUCUUCUGGGACCAACGGUAAGAAUGUUCAUGAAAAUCAGGAGGAUUUGGAUAGCAGGGGUAGUGGAACAAAGACAAAUGGGGGUGACAGCAGCGAUAAUGAAGCAGAAAGCAGUGUAAAUGAAAGCAUGCCUGGAUUGAAUUCGUCCGGUGAGAAGAAGGAAGGGAUCAAACGGACUGCGGGGGGAGAUAUUGCUCGAACUACCAGACAUUACCGUAGUGUCUCCAUGGAUAGUUUUAUGGACAAGUUGCAGUUUGGUGACGAGUCCCCCAAAAUGCCUCCUACACCACCUGCUGUUCGUCCCGGACAACUUUCUUCAAACAACCUAGCUGACGGUAAUUCAACUCCGUUCAGCUUGGAGCUUGUUAAUAGUGAGUUCAGUGGGGCUGAACUGAAGAAAAUUAUGGCAAAUGACAAACUUGCUGAGAUUGCACUAGCCGACCCCAAGCGCGUAAAGAGGAUCUUGGCAAACCGUCAAUCUGCUGCUCGAUCAAAAGAACGAAAGAUGCGGUAUAUAUCUGAGUUGGAACACAAGGUUCAGACUCUUCAGACAGAAGCUACCACACUGUCUGCCCAGCUCACACUUCUACAGAGAGAUUCAGUUGGACUUACAAACCAGAAUAAUGAACUGAAGUUUCGUCUCCAAGCCAUGGAACAACAAGCACAACUACGGGAUGCUCUAAACGAAGCCUUAACCGCGGAGGUUCAGAGAUUGAAACUCGCUACGACAGAGCUAAACGCACAGCCGCAUCCCUCUAAUGGAGUAAUGCACCAACCUUCCAACAGUCACCAUAGCCACCAGCUUCAGCUUCAGCAGCAGCACCAUCACCAACAACAGCAAGAGAUGCAGAAGCAGAAUGGGAGUACAGCCACUAAACCAGAGUCCAACCAAUAAUAGUUCGUUGAAAGAUGGAUGAGGAGCUUCAUUGUCUUCUUGAUCACCUUGUUCAUCAGCAUAACUGUAAGCUAUCUCCUUCUUAAACAAGAAAAUGAGUGUAAGCUAGCUCAUUAUUAUCUCUCAAAUGGUAUAGUCUUUUCAAAGUUGUGUAUAUCACGCACUUACACACUUAACUUUAUGCUCUUUUUAAGUA